GGAGGGUGGCCUCGCUGCAGGCAUCAGCCUCGACCCCCGGGAUCGGGGAGAAGACUCAACUCCUAGUGGGCUUCCUCCCCUUCCUGCCUCCAUUGCCCGGAGACACUUCUGGACUUCACAGCCCCACCCGUUCUGCUGUUCCUCACCUCAGCAAAGAAGGAGGCAGAAGGUCCCAAGGAGAUCCCAGCCGCUGUGCCCCUGAGAUGGAGAGCUGGGCCAGGGAAUCCAAGCCAGAGCCCAGUUCCCAGGUGGUGGCCCUGGCAGAAGCCUUCCUCCAGAGCCAGGCGGGGAACAUGAACGGGGAGGAGCAGGGGCCGUUGGAAGGAGCACAGAAGGGCGUGGCAGUGCCUGUGCAGAGAUUAAUUUGGGGGGAGGUCAAGCAGAAGGGCGAUGGAAGUGCCCCUUCACUGGGCCCUGGAAAGAUGUCGGGUGGAUAUUCUGGGCCUUCCCUUCAGUGUGAUGGGGCACACACAACAUCUGAGCAAGCAGAUCAGGUUCUGGUGACCUUUGAGGAUGUGUCUGUGGAUUUCUCGGAGGAGGAGUGGGCGCUGCUGGAUCCGGGCCAAAGGGCUCUGCACAGAGAAGUCACGGAGGAGAAUUACAGGAACCUGGCCUCUCUCGGGCUUGUGGUUCCCAUACCCGAGUGGGUCUCCUUGCUGGAAGAAGGGGACGAUCCAGUUGCACAGGUCUCCGAGGAGGGAGAGACUUUGGCAGGACUUGUGGUUGUCUCCACUGAUUCCCCCUCCAGGCUAGAAGGAGAAGACCCGUUUGGGCAGGACUCUCAGCAAGGAGAGAGAGCAGCAGGUGACGGACCUCUGAUUGCCACACCGGACCUCGUAUCCGGGCUGGAGGAAGAGGAGGCGCUGCUUAUCGAGUUCUGUGAUGAAGAGGAAGGAGUGGCUGGGAGCAGCCUAGACGGUAUGUGGGAGUUGGCAACUGAAUAUGCAGUGAUGGAGAGAGAACAUACGUAUUCAGAUGUGGAAGAGAACAUUGAAUAUUGUGAUUCAGUGAGCAUGGUGGAGGGAACAAACCCUCUUAAUGAGAGGGGAAACUGUGAUAUUUUCCAAGAUGACAAUUCUGAAGAAAUCCCACCCCUUCAAAAAAUAUACAAAGGAGACAAGAGGGAUGAGUGUCCAGGAAAUGUGGAAGGAUUUUCUGAAAUAGCAGAUAUGACUAUGCAUGGGAACACCCAUAAUACAAGGAAAACAUUUAAAUGCCUGUACUGUGGACAAACCUUUGGACGAAAAGAUACUCUAACUUCCCAUCAAAGAAUUCACACAGGGGAGAAACCUUAUAAAUGCUUGGAGUGUGGAAAAUCCUUUGCACGGAAAGAUUCUCUAACUUCCCAUCACAGAAUUCACACAGGGGAGAGACCAUAUAAAUGCCAGGAAUGUGGGAAAAGCUUCAGUGAGAGUGGAAGCCUUAUUUUCCACCAAAAAAUUCACACAGGAGAUAAAAAAUAUAAAUGCCUGGAGUGUGGAAAAUGCUUCAUUCACAGUCAGAACCUUUCUGCUCACCAAAGAACUCACACAGGGGAGAAACCAUAUACGUGUCUGGAGUGUGGGAAAAGCUUCAGUCAGAGUGGAACCCUUUCUUCCCAUGAAAGAAUUCACACAGGGGAUAAAAAAUAUAAAUGCCUGGAGUGUGGGAAAACCUUCAGUCAGAGUGGACACCUUAUUCACCAUCAAAGAAUUCACACAGGGGAGAAACCAUAUACGUGUCUAGAAUGUGGAAAAUGCUUUAAACGGACAGAUGAACUUACUUCCCAUGAAAGAAUCCACACAGGGGACAAACCAUAUGAAUGCCUGGUGUGUGGGAGACGCUUCAGUCAGAGUUCAGCCCUUACUUCCCAUGAAAGAACUCACACAGGGGAGAAGCCAUACAAAUGCCUAGAAUGCGGGAAAAGCUUCAGUCAGAAUGGAAAUCUUGCUUCCCAUCAAGCAAUUCACACAGGGAAGAAAAGGUAUGAAUGCCCAGUGUGUGGAAAAAUUUUCAGCCAAAGCGGAAACCUUACUACCCAUCAAAAAAUAGUUCACCGUGGGGAGAAACCGUAUAAAUGCCAGGAUUGUGGGAAAAGUUUCAGUCAGAAUGCAAAACUUACUCUUCAUCAAGCAAUUCACACAGGGGAGAAAAAGUAUAAAUGCCUGGAGUGUGGAAAAAGCUUCAGACAGAGCGGAAAUCUUGUUUCACAUCAAAGCAUUCACACAGGAGAAAAACCAUACAAAUGCCUGGAGUGUGGGAAAGGUUUUAGGCAGAAGUAUCAGCUAUGUUGCCAUGAAAGAAUCCACACAGGGGAGAAACCAUAUAAAUGCCUGGAGUGUGGAAAAGCCUUCGGACGGAAAGAUAUUCUUACUUUUCAUCAAAAAAUUCACACCAGGGAGACACCAUAUAAAUGCCGGGAGUGUGGAGAAUGCUUCAGUCAUAGUAGAAACCUUUCUUCCCACCAAAAAAUUCACACAGGGGAUAAAAAAUAUAUAUGCUUGGAGUGUGGGGAAGGCUUCAGUUUGAGCGGAAGCCUUACUUCCCACCAAAGAAUCCACUCAGGGGAGAAACCAUAUACUUGCCCGGAGUGUGGGAAGAGCUUCAGACAGAGUUCAACUCUUGCUUAUCAUCAAAAAAUUCACACAGGGGAGAAAAAAUAUAAAUGCUUACAAUGUAAUAAAAGCUUUGGGAGGAGGGAUAGACUGAAUUCCCAUCAAAGAAUUCACACACAGGAAACUGCAAGUGUUGAGAAAUCUUAAAUGGAAACCUUACUUCCCAUGAAAGAAUUCACCUAGGAGGGGAAACCUUAUAAAUUCCAGCAGUCUUGAAAAUGCUUCCAUCAUGGUGGGAACCUUACUUCCCAUUAAAAUAACUCAUACCUGGGAGGAAACCUAGAAAUCUCUGGAAUGUGGAAACACAUUGUAUCCAAACUAAUUUUAUUACAAAAUUAGACGGGAAUGCUAUAUUAUAACAUGUAAUUCAGAAAAACUCACCCCCCCCAUUUUUUUAGAUUAAAACUACAUCCCUAUUCUCUUCAAAAGGGUAGUUUCAUAAAGAGAAUACCACAGUUUUCAUUUUAUAAAUCGUGUUUUUGUAUGGAAUGAUACAGUUGUGGGAGCAUAUUCGACCUCAACAGGCCGCCUGUUCCAUUCAACAGGGGCCUCCAGAGAGAACGAUUCUGUACAGGUAUCCAUUGCUCUUGCCUGUUAGCGUUGCUCAGGUAAGCGAAGCUGUUUUAACAGCUCAUGUUGAGUGAGGAGGCCCUGUGGAUUUGUGGGACCUGGACGGGCAGGAGGAUUCAGCUGGAUUCGGCUGGCAUCAAUGCCGGUCUCUUUCUUGGUUGUUUCAAAUGAGGUUGCCGGAAGGUUCGAUGGUAGUUCUGGUUUCUGCCAAUCCCCGCAGCUGGCUUCCUUGGGCAGCAGCCUCCAGCACCUGUAUCCACGGCAUGGGAACAUGGAGAUACGACUCCUGUAACGUAUUCUACAUAGUCUCCCCUCAGAGUCAACUCAGAGGCUCCCAUUGGUGCUGAAUCCCGCAGAUAUCUAGGCAGAGGUUGACUAUAACUCCUAUUCUGCAAUCACUUCAUUGGCUACUCAUAAGUUACUGGGCUCAGUUCAAGGUUUUGGCAAUCUCAUACAAAGCCCUUCCUGUCUGUGGGACAGCCUCGCCCCCUGUGCUCCAACAUGGCAGCUCCGCUCGUCUGAACAGGGCCUUCUGCAGGCGCCACCCUUCAAAGGGGCAAAACCAACAGCCGCCCCUGUACGGGCAUCCUCUGCCGCAGCCCCUGCCUUAUGGAAUGGCCUCCCUGAAGAGGUCAGCAAAACUCCUCCUCUCCUGGCUUUCUGCCAACACUGCAAAACUGAAUUAUUCACGAGGGCUUUCUUAGGCAGCUAUUAGGGCUGUGCUGUGAGAAUCGCCUGAAAGAGAGGCAUUGGUACAGGGACAGGAUCUGUAGACUCUACUACUGCGUACCAUCUGUGGCUGUAAGUGUGCUCCUACUUCAUAGUUUAAUAAGUCCUAUCAAUCUGCUUUUGUUGUGUUUCAGUGUUGUUGUCGUCCCCCCCCCCCAGCGCUGUACUGGAUUUCGACUCAGUUUCACCAUUGGUUUUUCUACUGAACUUCUGCUUGUUUUCAAACUUCAGCUAUCCCACCCUAUCGCAUUGUUUAUUGAACAGCUGCUGAUUAUACUGACUUAUUCUAUGUAAUCCACCUUGAAUCUCUUUUUUUUAAAAAAAAUUUUUUAUUGAGUUAGAACAUCAAUAUUUUUACAUUACAUUCGAUUUUCCCCUAAUUUUUCGUUUCUAACCCCCUCCCUUUCCCCCCCUUUUGUUGACUUCCAACAGCUUUCCCACCCUCUGUCCCUUUUCCCUUACUUCUAUUAACUUCCUCUGUCUAAAACAAAUAUAUAUUCUCCAUUAUUUUAAGCAGUACAUCUUUAACUCUUUUACUUAUUAUACAUCCAAACUAUACUUCUUUAGAUAAACAAGUUAUCCCAUUUUCCAGUUUUGAAUAUUUCUAUAUAUCAUAAACCAUAAAAGUUUCCCACAUUUAAAUCAAACAAUUUGAUUUGUUCUCUAUAUAUUACUCAUUUCUUCUUUUUAUAGUAUUUCUAUAUAACUCAUCACAUAAUCAAUCAUUUUAACUCUUCUAUACAUUCAGUUUGGUGCUUAUAAAUCUUAUCAGAUAAAGAAAAUAUUGUUAAUUACUCAAUCCUCAUAUUUAAACCGUUAAUUAUUCUCUAUCAAUAUUCUAUCAAUUAACCUUUGCAUAUCUAUAUAUAUCUCAAUCAAUUAAUUAAUCUAACUGCUUAUAAAUUCACAUUUCUCUUCCUCCCCCGGUAAAGUCACCCCUCUCUUUUAUACUUUUAUUGUACUUCAGUAGUUCUCAAACUGCCACAGUUUUCCUCCCACCUCCCACUUCUUCUCCAAAUAUUGUUUCAGCUUCUCCCAGUCUGUGUUAAACUGCCCUGAGUCCAGAUCUCUCAGUUUUCUUGUCAUCUUGUCCAUUUCAGCCAUAUACAGCAAUUUGUAGAUCCAAUCUUCGAUAGUUGGCACUUCUUGUACUUUCCAUUUCUGCGCAUACAAAAGUCUAGCUGCUGCAGUCAUAUAAAAUAUCAACGUCCUAUGAUGGGCUGGAAUUCCCUCCAUUCCCAAGUUUAGCAGCAGGAGUUCUGGGUUCUUAUUUAUUUGAAACUGUAAAAUUUCACUCAUUUCUCUUAUUAUUUCCCCCCAGAACUGCCUAGCUACCUCACACGACCACCACAUAUGAUAGAGGGAGCCCUCAUGCUUCCUACAUUUCCAGCAUUUAUUAGAAGUGUUCAAGUUCCCUAGCGCAAUCUUCUUUGGUGUCAUGUACCAACGGUAGAUCAUUUUGAAAAUAUUCUCUUUAAUAUUAAUACAUGUCGUUGUCUUCAUUGUAGUUUUCCACAAGUAUUCCCAUGCCUCCAUUGUUAUUUCUUUAUUGAAGUUUAUAGCCCAUUUCACCAUCUGUGUUUUAACUAUCUCAUCCUCAGUGUACCAUUUCAACAGUACUUGGUAUACCUUGGAUAUUCUUUUCUUGUCUUCUUUAAGAAGGGUCUGCUCUAGUUCCGAGUUCUCUGUUCGUAUGCCCCCUUUUGCAGAGUCCGAAUUGUAUAAAUCUCUAAUCUGUCUGUACUGGAACCAAUCAUAGUUAGGUGAUAGUUCCUCUUGCGUCUUUAUUCUAAGUUUAGAUACUUCAGUUUUGGUUAUUUCUUUGUACGUUAAACAUUGUUGUUCAUUAUCAACAGCUCUCGGAUCUAUCACCUCGUAUGGAACCACCCACAAGGGGGUUCCUUCUUGUAAGUAAAUUCUGUACUUCUUCCAGAUUGUAUAUAAACUUCUCCUUACAAAAUGAUGCAGGAACAUCGAGUUGACCUUUACUUUGUCAUGCCAUAGGUAUGCGUGCCAUCCAA